AUGGCAGAUAUCCUUAGGUUUUCUAAGGAAAUUCUAGCACUAAAUUUUAACGGGAUCUGUACUGCCGAAAACCCUUGCAUAUCUGAUGACCAGUGGCGAAGAGUGCGGGUAGCCGCUCUCAAUGCCUAUUUUUCGUAUUUACCCGGUCCUCACAAGAUCCCAAGAACGUGUGAAUAUUUGGGGGCUUUCACUACAUUCAAAUCCUCCAUCUUUCAAGAUAGUGACAAGAAUUCCACACUUUUUAUUCCCACAAACUACUUAAAUGAUCCUUAUAGAAAGUUUUCUGAACAAACGGAUUUGGGCUUAGGUUCAACUGACACAACUCAGUUGAGUACUAAAGGGAGGAACAUCCAGCCAUUACUUGAAGGAAUCCCACACCUCUGUAGUGCUCUCCGAGUCAUAUCGAAAGCGGGAACCGUCAGCUCUACCGGAACAGUAGCAACCUUUACCUGGGAAGGACGAAAUGGUCUCACCUCGGUCCAGGAAAAACCCUACUUAAGUGAAAUGGGCCCGCUUUCUACUCACGCCCUGUUGUGCACCUUUAAGUCUCGCUAUCAGUCGAAUUUUCGUCCUCAGACCCAACAAGAAGCCUCGCCUUUCUUAGUUCGUUUGGGUUCACUUACCCUAGAGCGAAUCGCCUCCCUUCGGAAAGAUUUCACCCAUGACCUCUUCUCAGCUCACUUGGGCAUCGUUUCUCAUCGAUUUUAUUGGCGACAGGAGCUUGGAGAGUCUCACCUCUCUGGCUCCUUUGUCUGGCAGGGCGACCCUCUAGACACUGUAGCCUUCCAAGUCACUCACGGUGCACUUGCCUCAUACCUGGAAACGCAUCUGCGUGCUGCAACAGCCUUCCGCCGCCUUGAUUGGCUCUCGUCAAGGCCGUUGCUACCUGACUCCACGGCUGUGUGUCGUGGCAACGUCUGGUCGGCCCUGAUGCAUGCUAUAAGCGAGUGGUUGCGCGUCUAUUUCAUCACCUUGGAGGACGCGUAUGGGCGUCAUGCGGCUGUAAAUGGAACUGAAAAGGAUGAACUGCUUGCUCUGACGCAUUUACUGAAGCCGUUUGUGGCCAAUAUGCUUUACCAAUCAGUGGAGGAGGAAGAGGGUCAUUCAGGAGACUUCACGAUUCUGCGAGGGCACUUGGGUCAGUGUGGAUCUCUUUUAGGUCUCGUUUCGGCCGACUCUGAACCGGGCAUUCUGCGCUGUGGUCUAUCACUUCUCCUUCUUCGCUCCAUCGCUCCAAAUCACUUUCUAUUCGAUAGCGCGAACGCUUUUCCAUGUUUGAAAUUUUCGUGCCUGAAUUCUGCAGAUCUCCGCUCUUUGCUUCAAAAACACAUUGCACUCAUUAAUGAGGCCUCCAUUAGGGCAAAGCAAACAUGGUUCAAAAAGCUGUUGCAAGCGGAGGCUGAGAAGCGUGAAGUACUGCGAAAAUCUCAUGAAUCCGACGCCAUGGGAAAAAUCGAGCCUGAGGCUCGAGAGCUGGCAGUGCAGGAGGCGCUGAUACACAGACAACGGAUGAUAGGAAGGAAACCGGAGGCUCAUUUGCAAUCAAAACGAUUGGAGGAGCGAGAUCGUGAGUUCCUCAGUAGACUGGAGGAGGUGGAGUCCGUGAAGCAGGCCUCAAAACUCGACUUCACUGCCACUACCUUCCUGGAACAGUUGGCGGAAAAGGAAAGGUAG